GUCCUAACAUCCCGCACCGACCUCUUCUCGCGCCCCCAACUCAAAUUCUCGCGCGGCCCCAUCUUCACACCCAUCUCCGAAGGCUCCAUCUACCACAAAACCGACCUCAUCGGCGUCAACCGCGUCGGCUUCCGCUACAUCCCCGCCGGAAUCAACCCCCCCUCCCCCUCCAACCCCACAAUCCAUUUCCACACCAUCGAAUCCCACCCCGCAUCCUACCGCGUAAGCUGGGAAGACCGCAGUGCAUUUAUCCACGUGACCAAAGACGGAUUGGGGUUGCUUGGGUCCAAGGGACAUCGGAGUGCGCGGGGGAACGCGCCUGUGCGGGAAGGAAAGUGGUAUAUGGAGGUGAAGGUGUUGAAGGCUGGUGGGGAGCCGAGUUCUAAUGAGGGGAUGCGGGAAGGGUGUUAUGUGAGAUUGGGAUGGGGGAGGAGAGAAGCGCCGUUGAAUGGACCGGUUGGGUUGGAUGGGUAUAGUUAUGGUUUUCGGGAUAAAACGGGUGAAAAAGUCACGUUGUCUAGACCUCGGCCGUAUGGACGACCGUUUAGAUCUGGGGAUGUUGUAGGGAUGUAUAUCUCCCUCCCGACUAAACGCGAAGCUGACGAGAAAGAUCCCACGGACCCAGCGCAUUUGAAGAGAGAAAGAAUCGCGAUUGAUUUUAAAGGACAGGAGAUGUUCGAGAUGCAGGAGUAUCCACAGUCAAAAGAGAUGAUUGCGCUUAUGGAUUAUGAAGGCAAAGCUGCGAAUUCCACCUCAGUUCCAUCUACAACAACGAGGAAAGGCGCAGGGAACAGAGGUGGAUUGGCUCCUCCAAAUACCGGAAACCCAGUCCAAUCCACCAAAUCCAAAAACCCCCAAACUUCCACUUCCACCACCACCACCACCAACAACACCCUCCGCCCUCUCCCAACCCUCCCCAACUCCCGCAUCGCCUUCUUCAUCAACGGCCAACCCCAAGGCACCGCCUUCCACACCCUCUACGACUUUCUCCAACUCCCCCAAUCCGAACGAAAAUUCAAAGAAAAAGACAAGAAAAAACCACGCACCCGCGACGGCCUCAAGGAAUCCCACAAAGACAACCCCUUCGACGACGGGUCCUUGGGGUACUACCCCUUCAUCUCCUUGUUCAACGAUGCCGAGGUACGCAUGAAUCCCGGCCCGGUGUUUGAGUAUCCCCCUGCGGAGGAUAUCGAUGCGGUGUUGGAUGGGACUAGGGAUCCUGAUGCUAUCAUACCCGACACUCCCACCGGUCCGAGUCUAAAUCCGAAUCCUAGGCCUGGUACACGGACUUGGCGCCCCCUCUCCGCCCGCUACCCCGAAUACAUGGCAGAACAAUGGGAACUGGACGAGCGCGAGGAAUUGGAGGCGCAGGAAACACUCGCGGAGCUCGAUGCCCAGGAUAGAGCUGUGGCGCAGAGGGAGAAGCAGAAGAAAGCGCAAAGGGAGAGGAAGAGAAAGGAAAAGGAGAAAGAGACGGAGGCGCGGAAG